UUGAAGUCCUAAAACUCAGUUCAGUCGGAAAACGACCUUUCAAAUCAUUUCAACAGCAAAUAAUUUCUAACUAUCAAAAUGCGUUUUCUAAACAAUUCAGUAGCUGUACUAUUUUUCGUGCAGUUGAGCAUAUGCCUAAUUUAUUCGGACUUAGAGUGUCCGCGCUUAAAUUUUUCAUCGUCACAUUUGCCCGACAAACACAGUCAUGAUGGCCGUAACAAGAUUCCAAGUGGUCUGAUUUCGACCGUAAUUAAGGGUCACCAGAGUCCUCACAGGCCUUUUUUCGUGCGCAUCUUCUCCAUGAGGAACUCGUUCAACUCUCUGGAGGAGUGUGGGGGAACGGCCAUAGAAACCAGAUGGAUACUCACAGCCGCCAUAUGUGUCAACUCUUCGCCUGUUGACAGAGUGUUUGUGCUCUCGGGAGAUUUUUCGAACAGAGAGCAUCAGGCAGAAAUGCAUUCAGUCGAGCAGGUCAUCUGUCAUCUAAGCUACAGACAAGGCUUUCCAGAUAACAACUUGGCCCUUCUGAAAUUGGAGACACCCCUGCCUUACGCCUACACAAUACCCCUUUGCUACGGACGACAGCCAGACUGCGCUCUGCUUGGAGCAGCAGGCAUGGGUCAGAUAUCAGUGGUAUACCCCAACAUGGAACCCGACUCUCUGCGAGAAAUAAAACUCACAGAAACCAGAGGCCAUAUAUUCAACAGGUGUCCUCAAAACACCAUCUGCACAAAAAGAACAACAGAAGAUGCGAACUUAUGCAAGGGGGACGAGGGAGCUCCCCUGUACAGUUUCCACGAAGAGGUCAGCAACCAUCCCAAGUGUCUCUACGGGGUAGCUAUCUCCUUCGGCAGAACCAAAUAUUCCAGGCUGAUGUGUAAUGGAGGAAGUUUCUUUGCCAGGGUACCCUUUUACUAUGGCUGGAUACGACAGACCAUGCAGGACAAUGCGUAAUGUGCGCCACAGAUGAAAAAAUUACAAAUUCGAAAACUCCAUAUCCGAAACUAAUCAAGAAAAAUAUUUUGAUUUUGCUCAUAAAAAAAAAAAAUUUUGCUCCGGACAAUUCGGCCAAAGACAAUUCAGCCGAUUUGAAAUUCAGACAAUCCAGCCAAAAGUAUGCAGACAAUUCAGCCAGUAAUAGUGGCCGCCGCA